UGUAGCAUUAAAACCUAUCGUGUUCUCAUAGGUGGACCGAAGACGUAAUUAAGUUAGUUCGUGGUCUACAAGAUGUCCAAAGAUAUUAGUACGUGGUGGUGGUGUGGUAAUAUCCCUUUCCGGAAGCCGCAAAUGUUUGCUUCUAGUAGUAAAGAGCGUAUACACUUUAGUAUGUAGCGAGGAAAAAAUGCUAGCUGAAGGUGGUGAAAAAAAGAAAGGGAAUUGAUGGCGACAGGAAAUGGCUUGAUAAUGGUCCGGCACCUACCUGUUUGUUGCCUCAGACUGUGCGUGCAAAGAUGUUCAGGAGAAACUAUAAAAGGUUCAUUUGGUAAUCACACUCAACCCACAGUGUGUGUUACACAGCUCCAUGCUGCAGCUGUCAAUGGAGAGAAGCAGACACUCAUUCGUCUUUUAACAGAAUCAGAACCAAGUGAUUUGGAUGUGGGUGACCAGUUUGGGCGCACCCCUCUUAUGUUUUGUGUGCUGGCUGAUCGACUGGAAUGUGCUGAACUUUUGCUGAAAGCAAGAUCGCAUAUCAAUAUUCGGGACAAAGGUGGCCGCACUGCCCUACACUGGGCAGCACACAAGGGCAACUAUCGUCUGAUGAAGCUUUUGCUGUCACGUGGAGCAGACUAUAGAGAGAAAGAUAAUGAAGGACAGACAGCACUGCAUCUCAUUACACGGCACAAACUGCCAAAGUGCAUGGGAAUAUUGCUUCGUCAGCUUUUGCCAGGAGAGAUUGAUGACCAGGAUAACAGCAAGAGGACUGCUCUUCACUGGGCUUCCUUUUAUGGCAACUUAGAACAUGUCAAGAUGCUGAUUAAACAGGAUUCUAACAUUGGCAUUCCUGACAUAGAAGGAAAGACUCCAUUGCAUUGUGCAGCUAGCUGUUGUGACCCAGAAGCGGUGCAGUGUGUCAAGCUCAUUCUGGAAACAACACCAAGUGUUAUUAAUUGGCAAGACUAUGAAGGAAGGACAGCCUUGCAUUUAGCUGUUGCUGAUGGAAAUCAGAGUAUAGUGGAUCUUCUGACAUCCGUUGAAAAAUGCACAGUGUCAGCUUUGGAUAACAUGUUCCGCACUCCUUUGCACUGGGCAGCUUUUUUAGGUCAUUCCAGGAUAGUUAAGCUGCUACUUCAGAACAGUGCUGACUGCACAAGUUCGGAUUCUAAUGGUGCAACACCUUUGCAUUAUGCUGCACAAAACAACUUUGAUGAAACAGUUGAUGUCUUUCUCUCUUGGAAAAAUAUGGAUGAACCUGACCUUGAGGGUCGUACAGCUUUUAUGUGGGCUGCUGGGAAGGGUGCAGCCAAUGUUCUCCAAGUGUUUUUCAAGCACGGGGUUGAUGUGCAACAAGAAGAUAAGACAGGAGGAACAGCACUCCAUGCAGCAGGAUUGGCAGGCUAUGCUGAAACAGUCCAGCUGUUACUAAAACAUGGUGCAUCUAUCAAUGCAACAGAUCAAGCAAAACAUACACCUUUGCUCAGGGCAUGUGAAAUGGGUCACACUGAUGUUGUACAGACGUUGAUUGACCGUGGAGCAUGUGUUGAUAUCCUUGAUCAAGAUGGUCGAUCACCCCUUCACUGGGCUGCACUUGGUGGUCACGCCUACAUAUGUCAGAUUCUUAUCAAAUAUGGAGUUGACCCCAACAUUAAUGAUCAUUCUGGACACAGCCCUUUGCAGUGUGCAGCAUAUGGAGGGUAUGUCAACUGCAUGUCUGCUCUCAUUGAACACCAUGCUGAUCCAAACAUGAAGGACAAGGAGGGUAUGACUUGCCUUCACUGGGCAUGUAGUCGAGGGCAUUUAGAUGCUGUCAAGCUUCUGAUUGAGCACAAUGCAUUUCCCAAUCACAUGGAGUUCACUGAAGACAGAUACACACCUCUUGACUACGCUCUAAUGGGUGAAUAUCAUGAUGUGGCGCAGUAUAUGAUUGAACAAGGGGCACUUUCAAUAACUGGAAUACAAGAUAUUGCUGCCACCAAGAUACAGUCAGCAUUUCGGGGCUACUGUAUGCGCAAAACAUUCUUCGAACGGAAAAAACUUCUCAUGAAACAUGAAAUGUUGAAAAAGGAGGCAGCAAGAAGGCUCCAAAUUCCCAAGUGGCGGCCCAGUUGCUGCGGCAGCAGUUCCGUCCUGCCAACCGCAAUGAGCUGCUUCAGUCCGACUGACGGAUGGCCGUUCUAUUUUCACUGGAAACGUGCUGAAGAAGGUAAAAAGAGUGAUGAUCACAGAAGAGAUGCAGAGGAUAAUGGAGAUUCAUUCAUUGAGAGACAGCCAUCUGUUGCAUGUGAACAUCCUCCAUUCCUUGAAAAUCCUGAGAUUUACAAAUAAAUGAUUAUUGCAGGACACCUGACUAAAGACACUCAUGAAGAGAUUCAUUGAUAUACAUAGAUCCCUGACUCCAUAGAGGGUUGGGGAAGGUAAGGCUGCGAGGGUGAGGAGAUGGGCACUGCCCUCAUGUAAAACUGGCCCGGAGAAAAGUGAGGUCUCUAACACCUCAGCCUGAAACGGCCUGAAAAGGUUAGGAGAUGACCUUGACUUGAUAUACUUAGUCCUCUUCCUACCUAGAUGGUGCAUAAGGGAUCCACUAGCAACCUCUAUUUUUGUCUAUAAUACAUUUAUAUAUAACAAUAUUGUAAAUAAUAAAUUGAAAACGGGUGACAUUUCAAGCAAAAAAACCCCAAAAUAUUUGAAAUAUCAACAUCAGCAAAAUAUUUUGCAAUUUUUUUUAAUUUUUUUUUUAAAGGAAGGUGGGGGGAAUGGGAGUAGGCAAAUGCUAUCAAGGCAUUCAAUUUUUAUGUCUUUUAACAUUAGUCGUGUGUGUAUUGCUACUGCCAUAUUGGGUCACCCAGAUGGUAUGUGGGGGACAUUAAAGUUCACCUUGACUACAUUUUCCCGUAAAAAGCUAUACACUUUUUGAAAAAAAAGUGAUAUAUUUUGGGGAAUAAAGUGUAUCAACAUUUAAAA